ACAACACACACACACACAUAAUAAACACUCUUAAAAGAAGCCUUAUCGAAACCUUAGUUUGAAAAUGAAGGUUUCCAUGUUUCUCAUCCUGAUAACCAUAUUGGCUUUGUUCAUUUCCUUUGCCAAAGCUUAUGACCCAAGCCCACUCCAAGACUUCUGUGUCGCAAUUGAUGACCCCAAAAAUGGUGUUUUUGUAAAUGGCAAAUUCUGUAAGGAUCCUAAGCAAGCCAAGGCAGAAGAUUUCUUCUUCUCAGGUCUCAAUAAGGCCGGAAACACUGAUAAUAAUGUCAAAUCCAAUGUGACAACAGUAAAUGUUGAUCAGAUUCCAGGGCUGAACACCAUGGGAAUAUCCUUGGUUCGCAUUGACUAUGCACCGUAUGGCCAAAACCCGCCUCACACGCACCCUCGUGCCACUGAGAUUCUUGUCGUUCAAGAGGGAACAUUAUAUGUCGGUUUCGUUUCUUCCAAUCAAGAUAACAAUCGUUUAUUCGCCAAAGUAUUGCAACCAGGCGACGUUUUUGUAUUCCCCAUAGGAAUGAUACAUUUUCAGGUAAAUAUUGGGAAAACCCCUGCCGUAGCCUUUGCGGGACUGAGUAGUCAGAACGCUGGUGUUAUCACAAUCGCAGAUACUGUGUUUGGGUCGAUGCCUCCAAUUAAUCCAGAUGUUCUGGCUAUGGCGUUCCAGUUGGAUGUCAAUGUUGUCAAAGACCUUGAGGCCAAGUUUAAGAACUGAAUAUUAAGUCACUAAGAGUGUUUGUCUUUGCGACACUUAAGUUAUAAUGUAAUAUGAAUUAAAAGGCUAUGCUUAAUAAAAUAAAACUGGUGUAUUCACCUAAUUUUAUAUUUUAUAUUAAGUUUACUUUUCCUAUGUUGAUUUGGUCUCACAUUUUUUUAAUGUCAGG